CGUGCUUCCUUCAUCUUUCCGAAAAUACCAGUUCGUUCUUGUCUUCAUGGGCUGCUUCAUGCAUCCUUACUCAUUUUUUUCUUUCCUUCACAGGAACGGGAGCUUAAAGCUGCUGCUGACAGUGUGUUAUCUGAAGUAAGGAAGAAACAAGCUGACACAAAGAGAAUGGUAGACAUCCUACGCGCUUUAGAAAAGCUCAGGAAACUGAGAAAAGAGGCUGCUGGAAGGAAAGGUGUUUGUCCUCCCCCCUCAGCAGAUGAAGCAUUUGAAAAUCAAGUGGAGAGUCUCAGAACAUUGCUCAAAAAUCGUACAGAACUAUAUGAAGCUGAAGAGCGGGCACUAAGAGUAAUGUUGGAGGGAGAACAGGAAGAAGAAAGGAAGAGAGAAAUGGAAAAGAAACAGAAGAAGGAAAGGGAAAAACUUCUACAGCAAAAACGUGAAAUCGAUUCCAAAUUGUUUGGGGAUCCAGAUGAAUUUCCUCUAACCCAUCUAUUGCAACCCUUCAGAGACUAUUACUUACAAGCUGAGCAUUCUGUACCCGCUCUAAUCCAGAUCAGGCAUUUUUUUUUGUUGCCUGCUGAUCACCCUGAAGGAAGCUGCAUCCCUCCAGGAUGGGUUCUUCCGAGUCUGCCUACAAAUGACACUUGGGCCACUGCUGUCAGAUAACUCACCAAGAAAUCAUUUUUAACACUGUAGCAAUGUUUCAUUGUAGUUGUGUGCGUGUAUGUGAGAGGAAAGAGGGUCCAAAGAGGAAGUAACGUCUUUGGGUCCUGUUUCUGGUUGUUGAGUGUGUAGCCCGGUACUGGCAUUCCUUGAAUAAAACUGUUAAAGAAAUGCUUUUGCCUUCUGAAUCUGCAGGGAAAUAUCUGAACAAGCACAAAGUUGUUAGACAUCUUGUGGUAUGGAGUUAUAAUCCUGCUAUGAGUUUUGCUAACAACUCUAAGUCUUAAUAAAGUAACACUGCUGACGA